GUUUUCCUUAGGAACCAUGAUUGUUCAAAAUGACGGGAUGUUGGGUAUGGCUUUGAAUUACCUAGUGUCUCUUCAAAACACUCAGUCAGUUCAUCGUUCUCUUUUUAUCCCCUCAUUCUAUGCCCUUACAACCACGAAAUGAAACAGAGCUAUACUAAUACUGUAGUCCACAACGUCCACUCCUUUGAUUCCAAUUUAUCUUCUGAGGCCUCUUUGAGAGAGGGCCUUUCACAACGAUGGAAGAAAAGAAACAGCCGACACCUGGAUAUCCGUCAAGCAAAUCCGCAAACCUCCCUUACUCUCGAUCCCAAAGUGAUAUCCACCGUAGUGAGCACGAACGGAGGUCGCCCUGGUCUGAAACAGUCCCUUGAGUCACCGAACAAUUUCAUCAACUAUUGCGAGACAAUUGCACUCCCAAUCACGAAUGGGCAACAACGUGAUUCAUGCAAUCCCGCUCCUAUCGGUGUUGUUCCUUCAGUCGACCGAAUUCCCUCUGUCAAAUUCCAAUUCCCCACCAACGGCGUCAUUUUGCGACAGGAUCAAUCCUUCACGCUACGCCUGGCAGUGAACAACCUAGCUACAGGGUAUUCCGUGAAUGGUCAGACGAAUUAUCUUGCUGCGCCCCUGCAGCUCGAUGCAAAUGGCCUUAUCAUUGGACGCACUGCAGUUGCCAUUGAAAAAUUGGAUUCGCUGGAUCAGACUACCCCGACCAAUCCCGUUAACUUUGCGCUCUACAAAGGAUUUACUGCGCCCGCCGUGAACGGUGUUCAAUCGUUUGAUGUCACCGGACUACAGGAAGGAUAUUACAGGAUAUCUUCCAUCACGACAGGCGCGAACGAUCAGCCCAUCAUGGCAUCUGUCUUGCAACAUGGAGCCAUUGAUGAUUCUGUCUAUUUAACUGUUACUGUCGAUGGACAACCACCGAAAGCGGGUAAUUCGAGCUCGUCUGAUAGCGCCCGAAGUUCCAGUUCAGUAGCAAUAAGCACCAAUACCACCGCCAUAAAUAGUGCAAACCAGAACUCAACCACACUCACUCAAUCCCUGGUCGCGACCGGUUUUGCGUCCAAUGGGCAAGAUCGACCUGUUGAAGGCCAAGUUCCCUCACUGACGUCCACUAAUAACUUCAUUAAUUUCUGCCUCACCGUCAGCAAACCUCUGACGAAGGGUCAGCAAUCAGGUGCAGGAUCAUGCAAUCCCAUACCUAUCGGAGUGAUACCACCGCAGUCAGUCAUGCCCUCGCUCAAGUUUGCAUCACCAAAACACGGCGCGAUAUUACCCCCGAACACACCCUUCUCUAUCAAGCUCAACUACGCCAACCUCGUGUUGGGUAUGACAGAUGCGCAGACUCGCUAUUUGUCUGCACCACAACAAUUGGACACUAGCACGGGAAGAAUUCGAGGGUACGCAGGUGUGGUGAUUGAGGCUCUCACCUCCAUUAACCAGACUAGCCUCACGAAUCCUCAAAAAGUAGCAUUGGCCUCUGGAAUGAUAGACGUGGACGAGAAAUCUGGGGCCUUGAUAACGAAUGUGACGAAGGGAUUACCGGCUGGGUUUUACAGGAUGUCUUCCAUUGCUGUCACAGAGAAUCACUACCCUGUUGCCGUUUCACGCUUACAACGUGGAACUGUUAAUGAUGCUGUUUAUUUUACGGUCGGAGAUGGAGGCGGGGGUUCAACUGCUGCGAAUACGAUCUCUGCGGGUGGGGUUCCAACCGCCACACCUAAAUCCAGUCCGACUCCAGCUCCCGAGAUCAAAGGGGUGAAUCCUGCCGUGCUUGGUGGGGCUAUAGGAGGGUCUCUGGGCGGCGUCGUCCUAAUUGGUCUUUUGGCCUUCCUGCUUGUCCUCCGUCGUCGUCGAAAGAGAAAUGCUGUGACGCUCGAUACCCGCUCGUUGAACCCCUCCGAUUACGAUUACGAGCAUUCUCAUAUUCGCCCGUAUUCUAUCAUUUCAGCGUCAAUCCCGCCUCUUGUUCCGGGGAAAGACGUCGUCUUGUUGCCGCCAAACGAGACACCUCUUGGUAGGAGAUUGAGCACUGUAUCUGCCGCCCCAUCUUACCACACGGUAGCCCCCCUACGAUAAGAUAUAGAUAUAUCCGUGAGGAUUGUGUAGUCUUACUUACUGUAGUUAGUAGUGACGUGUAUUUUGUUCGGUAGUCCCAUUAAAGUUGUCCGCUGAAGGUGUGAUAAAUACCCAUAACCACCGAC